GGCGGGGUGUGGCUCCAGACUAGUGCCGGGACUCGCUUCGUGGAAGGCCAACAUGGCGUGUGGCUUCCGCAGGUCCAUCGCCUGUCAGGUACGGACCGGGAACUGGCAGAAGGAGGCCCCCGCACCCCGAAGCCACCUAACCGCGCUUUCCAGAGUAUUGGAUCUUCCACCAGAAAACUUAAUCAAGUCAAUAUCUGCUGUUCCAAUUUCCAGGAAAGAAGAAAUAGCUGAUUUUCAGCUUUCUAUGGAGUCUCUGUUGGAGAACAGUGACCGUUCAAAACCAGAUAUUCAAGUUCAAGCCACAAGACUGGCAGAGAAGCUAAAAUGUGAUACAGUGGUGAGUGAAAUCAGCACUGGUCAAGGGACUAUAAAUUUCAAAAUAAAUAGAGAACUAUUAACAAAGACAGUGCUAAAUCAAGUAAUCGAAGAUGGCUCAAAAUAUGGAUUGAAAAGUGAGCUUUUCUCUGGUCUUCCCCAGAAGAAGAUUGUGGUUGAAUUCAGUUCACCUAACAUUGCCAAAAAAUUUCACGUUGGACAUUUGCGUUCUACCAUCAUAGGAAAUUUCAUAGCAAAUCUCAAAGAAGCUUUAGGACAUCAAGUAACCAGAAUAAAUUACCUUGGAGAUUGGGGCAUGCAGUUUGGUCUACUGGGAACUGGCUUUCAACUGUUUGGCUAUGAAGAAAAACUCCAGUCCAAUCCUUUACAACAUCUCUUCGAAGUUUAUGUACAGGUUAAUAAAGAAGCAGCAGAUGAUAAGAGUGUAGCAAAAUCAGCACACGAAUUCUUCCAGCAAUUGGAACUGGGUGACAUGCAAGCACUUGGACUAUGGCAAAAAUUUCGGGAUUUGAGUGUAGAAGAGUACAUUCGGAUUUACAAGCGUAUAGGAGUACACUUUGAUGAAUACUCAGGAGAAUCAUUUUAUCGUGAAAAAUCUCAAGAAGUCUUAAAGAUGCUGGACAGUAAAGGACUCCUAAAGAAAACAAUAAAAGGAUCAGCUGUAGUGGAUCUUUCUGGGAAUGGCAACCCCUCUGCAAUUUGUACUGUAAUGCGAAGUGAUGGAACUUCUCUCUAUGCAACCAGAGAUCUUGCAGCUGCUAUAGAUCGAAUGGACAAGUAUAAUUUUGAUACAAUGAUUUAUGUGACAGACAAAGGGCAAAAAAGGCAUUUUCAGCAAGUGUUCCAGCUGCUGCAGAUCAUGGGAUAUGACUGGGCAAAAAGGUGCCAACACGUGCCCUUUGGGGUAGUACAGGGAAUGAAGACUCGAAGAGGCGAUGUUACUUUUUUGGAAGAUGUCUUAAAUGAGAUUCAAUUAAGGAUGCUACAGAACAUGGCUUCUGUUAAGACUACAAAAGAGCUUGAGAACCCACAGGAGACUGCAGAGAAGGUUGGGCUCGCAGCACUUAUUAUUCAGGACUUCAGAGGUUUACUCUUAUCUGACUAUCAGUUCAGCUGGGAUCGUGUUUUCCAGAGCCGUGGGGACACAGGUGUCUUCCUGCAGUACACACACGCCCGCCUCCACAGUUUGGAAGAGACUUUUGGGUGUGGUUAUCUAGAUGACUUCAACACUGCUUAUUUACAAGAGCCACAGUCUGUUUCAAUUCUCCAGCAUCUUCUCAGGUUUGAUGAAGUGCUUUACAGAUCAUCUCAGGACCUUCAACCUAGGCACAUUGUCAGUUACCUCCUAACUCUAAGUCAUCUUGCAGCUGCGGCACACAAAACACUGCACAUAAAAAGCAGUCCUCCUGAAGUCGCUGGGGCCAGGCUUCAUCUUUUCAGAGCUGUGCGUUCUGUCCUGGCCAAUGGAAUGAAGCUUCUUGGAAUAACACCUGUAACUCUUACUAUGUGAGCUUGGGAACUGAAUAUAUUUGAACAACAAGAAAUUACUUGUUCAGUAUUGUAUUAGGGUCUUUUUGUAAAAAUUAGUUAAACCAUACUUUGAAAUGGAAUUUCUCAAAUCAAUUCCUUCAUGUGUCUGUCUGCAUAUUGGCAAAGUACAUUUUGUGUGAAUUGUGUAGGUCAAUAUAAGUAGGGUGUGAUCUGUUUCAUUAGUAUGGCUGUCCUCACCUGCCAGCAUUUUCAUUCAGGUCUGCUGUGAUUUAUUUUCAGUGUUGCUACUAGAAGUCUUCUAAAUACCAACAAUCUAUCUUGACAAACAGAAGAAAAUUUGCAUGGACCAAGCUUCUCUAGUUGAAUGUUAGCAAGUAUGGUAUACCUUCUUAGUCCUAAAAGACUCAUCCGUGCAGUUUCAAUUUUAAGUGUGCUGGCUUCCAGAUGCUAAUUUUCUACUUAAAAUAUCACUAAGAUUUAGUUAGCACAAACCAGCCAUGGAAUAAAGUAUACAGUCAGGACAUAAUUUUCAUGUUCAAUAUCCCAUUCCAUUUCUUUGAGGAAGAGUUCUCCUUCUCAGGUCAGUGUUAGUAGCUGCCUAUAUAGUUGAAUCUUGAGUGAAAUGACACAGGGGCAGUGUUGGUUAGAACCGAGUCUUUCCAAAAGCAGAUCCUUGAGAAGACUGUUCACUAAUCCCCACAGCUUGGAGCCCUAGAACACUGACUACAGUCCUUAUAAACUUUUUUUUUUUUUUUUGCUUAAGGCUAGGCAGAGUUGGUUUGUAGCUGUUAUUUGCAACCAGAGAAACCUAACACAAUUGCAGCACAGAGAAAUUUUAAAUGUAAUGUUUGGGGUUAAAAGUUUAUGUUUUUACAUUACCUUAACAGUCAUAUCUAUAACAAAAAGUGAUCAUACAGAUUUCAUAUAAAGUUUAUUGCUGAAUUUCCUCAUUAACAUUAUAGAAAUUUUUU